UUUUGCACAAUUCCUUCAAAUUCUUUGUUAUUUUUGCACCUUAUGUUUUAAAAUUUGUCUUAAUUCUUGUCAAAUAGGAUUCCUUGGAUAUGGAUUCGAGCCGCAGAGUACUUUCCUCUAGAUCUCCAGCUACAAAAUACGAGGUGAUGCUGUUGGAAGACAUCACGAGUAGAACUGUAGGCCCCUGUGAAGAAAGGAUAGCUCUUUGCUUCAAUGUCUUUGAUGAAGUUCUACCCCACUUAGGUGUUUAUCGGAAAAUUAUAUCAAUACUCAGGGAAGAACUGUACACUGCAGUUUAUAGCUUAGACUAUACGACGUUGCCGCCAAAAAAGGGGCUUAACAAGACCCCAGUUGUACAGCGUUUGCCAUUUUUUGUUCUUGUAAAUCGACUGUAUGCAGAGAGAGACAAAAUGGCUAAAAUCCUGCAAGAAGAGAUAAAAAAACUACAGAAAGACGUAGAAGAAAAAGAGAAAACCUUAGAAAAAAACUCUGCGCAUAUCGAAGAAUUUAAGCAGCGAGUUAAAACACUUGAAGAUGAGGUGUUUCACCUGAGAAUGGAUUUAGAAAACUGUACUCUUGAGAAGAUGAAGUUGGAGGCAAAUUUAGAUCAAGAAAGAAGAUCUCAUGAGGCUAGUAAAGCUAGAUACGAGAAGCGACUUACAAGUCUUAGAGAACAGCUUGUUAAGAGUGAAGAUAUGGUCAAAAUGUUAAGGAAAUAUAAAGAUGGAUAUGAUGACUUGGAGGAAGCAUUUAAUGAUAGCUCAGUGUUUGUGAAGAGGCCACAUAAUCCUGCGCCUUUGACUAAAAAAUCACAAGUUAUUCAAGAAAUUGCAUCUGCAAAGUUACUAGAAGAGCAACUCCUGACAGUACAGAAUUCUAUUAUUGAGGAAUUUGAUACCUUUAUUGAGAAAAACAAGUCAGAUCCUUGCAAUGAGCCUGCAGGAUUGAGGAAGUGCUCAAGUAAGGGAACAAGAUGGGACGAAGAAACUGAGGACAUGAAGAAAUUCUUAAAACUGCAACAAGAAACAGAAGAAAGGUUUAAAAAAAGUAUUGCAGACAUUGAAAAUGAACUGCAAUUGAUAGAAAUCCAACGUUCAACUCUUGAAGACAGGUUAGAACAUCUGGAAGAGGAGAAGGGAGAAGAGAAGAAACGGGAAAGAAAAGGUGCCGCAAAGACAAUUAAGGAUGAUGACGAAAUAGAUUUUGUUAAGAUUAUGAGUACACCUGGCCAUGCCGACCCUUUCAUUCCACACGAAAGGAUAAUGAGUAAAUAUGCAGCCAUGAUGUAUUACUCUUGCAACCACGGCAAAAACUUUCAUGAAUUUAAAGAUGCCAAGUUUUGUCCUAGUUGUGGGGAAACAACUUUAUUAUGCCCACAUAAAGUAGGAGAAGAAAAACUUGUUUCGUUACCCCACAACUGUACACAUAUAAAGAUCAAAAGACCGGUAGUCCACAUUCUUAAAGAUGAAAAGGCAGAAUCAUCUCUUCCAGGAACUCCUGACAGUAUGAGAACCAUGUCAGCUGGGACAAUCACUCCCUCAUAUGGAGAGGAAUAUGUUGUGAAAACUCAACAGCACCUUACAACUUCCUACAAGAGGCUAUGGGAUGACCUAGCAGCUAGAACAUCCAUCAAGAGAAGAAUUCCAAGACCUUUAGACAAGGAAAGGGUUCUAUCAAUCAUAUGCCAGUUCUAUGCUACUUUGUUAUGGCAAGAUGACUUUGCUAUGGAAGAUGAACAGAUCGUGUCUGUGCUUGAAACCUUGAAUGCCUUUUUUCAGGAACGGUAUAUAAUCCCAGAUGUUGCUUACCUUGCCAUGCAUGACUUCCUCUCUGGAGUUGUCCAAUAUGCCCAGGAAAACCAAUCCAUUCAGUUGUUUGCACAAGCAAUGUGUGGAAACCUUGACCCUGUUGUCAUCCGCUAUGCACUGCUAAUGAAUGAAAUCAUUGAUCUUGUGGAUUGGGGCUCUGUGGAUGAUUUCAGGAUUUUAGCACAGAUCGUUUACCCAUUCAUGCAUGAAGAAGACCUUGAACAAUUCACUAUGGGCUACACUUCCUUCAGUGAAAACAAGAUCUCCAAAGAACUAGUUUCAGAAUAUCUCUUGUACAUCAUCUUGAAGUACAGAGAACCCUGUUUUCAGGAUUCUGAAGUAAAGCUACUUCAACACCCAGGAAACACACCAGGAUUCAUGACAGAUAUAGAGUUUACUGAAGCCAUUGAUAACAUUUGCCCAUUAGCAUCAGAGCGUUUAAGAAGGCGUCUAUUUGCAGAGUCCUUGGAGCAUAUGCAGGAUGCUGAUGACGCUGUUAACAUUAUGAGACUAUCACAGAUCACUGGCUACUUAACACUUGUACAGAUUUCUCCAGUAGUGAAAGAUCACAUAGCACAGAGAGUUGAAGAAGCAAGAGGUAAAACUGAAGAAGAUCAAAAUGAUCCUAAAGAGGUAGUUGGCAACAUCAAGAAACAGCUCCUGAUGGAAGAUGCUAAGAGCAAGGCAGCAGCCACUGGGAAAAAGAUUCUAACCAUAGAGUAUGUACGUGCUGUCGCAGCACAGAACUCUAAAAGAGUGACAGCAAGGCAGAUUAAAAGAGUAGAAGGUUACAGCUACUAAAAGUCUUACAACAACAAAGAAUUGCAAUUAAUGGCCAAGGCUACAACCUUGUACACUUGUGAAUAUAGCUUUGCCAUCAUGGCCAGUUUUUCUUAAACUAGUAAGGAGCCAAGUUAUAAUCACUGUUGUAAAAACACAAAUUUACAUUUUUUUACCGCAAACGCAUUGUGAGUUUCAAAAGUGCACACAGUUAAGACUAUCGCUCAGGGGCAGAUCCCGGCAGUGUCCUGUGUAUGGGUAUGCCAAAAGAGAUUGCAAGGAAGUGAACUCUCCUCCUGUUCUUUUUAGUUUUCUUUGAUUAUUUUCAUGUGUAUGAACUAAACUGUUUUUCUCAUAUUUCCAGAAAUGUAUAUAUGUUACCAAGAAAAGUGGCUGGAAUAGCAUGUAUGACAGUUAAUAAAAUAAAACAUUCAUUUCUGAAUAA